AGCAAAUGUGCUAUAUUUAUCGUCUUAUCAACCCACUUGUUGUAGACAAGCCAAGCGAUAUGCUGUCCGCUCUUCCCGGGCAGCUGGUGCACGUGCCCAACGUCCACGGCGUCGACGUCCCUGCGCACGUGGUCGAGGCAACGCCCCGCAGCACGCGUGUUCGCUUUGACGACGACCAGUCGGUCGUGGCCGUCACGUCGUUCAAGAUGGUUUAUGCUCCCGGGGCAUUCCUUUUAAAAGACGCCGCGACGAUCGUCGGCGCCGACGUCGAGGUGACGCAACCCGACGGCGCGACCAAGCGCGGUGCCGUCAAGCAGUUUCAUGCGGCGACGCAGUGCCAUCUCGUGCGCUACGAGGCCGGUGGGAAAGACUGGAUCGACCUCGACAAGUGCCACUUCAAGGUCUGCGUUGCCUGUGCGCCGUCACCGUGGUACGUGGCGGGUGCUGAGAUCGAGCUCUACUCGCUGCGCGCACCGCACACUUUUCAAGAGGGCGCCGUCGUCUGCCGCCACUUUGGCGCGACCGCGAGCCUGUACAACAACAGUCGAGGGACCUUUGAAAUGCAGCCCGCGACGACGCCGCACAAGGUCGUGCUCCACGGCCUCCACGGCGGGCGCGAUAUCCCCGCGGGAUCCUGCGUCGAAAUUUACAGCACCAGCCAUGGCACCUUCCGCACUGGCCACGUUUUGAAGCGAGCCUCGCAAGGCGCGCUCGUGCCCCUUCGGUUUCUCGACAGCGACACCCUCGAGUGGGUCGACCUCUCGAGCAUGACGCUAAAACUCGUACUGUUUCCUGGCCAGCGCCCCGUCACAACGCUCCUGUCACCGCGCGGGUUUUCGUUUCCGACACUGCCGCCAGGCACGCAUGUCGACGUCUACCGCGACGGAGGCUAUUGCAAAUGCUCGGUGGUCGCUGCCACGACCGCGCAUCACGUCUACGAGAUUCGAGAUGCCCGAACCGACGCGCUCUUCCGCCUCGACCUUGCGCGCGCCAAGUGCAAAGUGCGCAUUCCUCAUUCGGCCGACCUGGCGCUCUUUCGCGACUUUGUCGUCGAAGUGUACGUCAAAGCCGCCCGACGCGUCGACACGGGGCGCGUCAGCGACGCGAAUGUAUCCACCAAAAUGCUGCAGAUCCGCUACGACGGCGGCCGCACCGACUGGGUGCACAUUGCAACAACCAAAGUCAAAGUCCGACUCCCCAGAGACAGCGAUGCUACCCCCGAAAGCCUAGCGGUCGCUACGAAGGGGACCAAACCACCGCUCUUGCGCGCGCAGAGCUCGACGCACGUGCUUCCGUCGCCUCCGCGCCCCUCACUCCUGCGACGCGCCGUCUCGUUUACGCGCAGCUUGCAGCGAACGCCGCUCGCGCUGCAACGGCGGGCGUCCAUCACGCCCAGAAAAGACGCCGAGUGGAAGAUGCACAUUGACCCGGCGACCCACCGAACGUGUUACGUUCACGUGCCGACCGGGCGUCAGCAGUGGCAACCGCCGCCCGACGCCGACCUCCACGAGCUCCAGUGGCUCGAGCCCGAGCCGUACGAAAUCGCGGCAGAUGUGAGCCCAAUCCAGAUCCCGGUCGGGCCGCUCGAGGCCGUGCGCCAUAGUCGUCAAACGGGUCUGAGCACUGUGUCAUAACAACAAUCAAUUAGUUGACGCGCAUUGCGACCCAGCGGUCCGAGCAGACCCCGGGGCUCUCGUCGUCGUCUACGUCCAAGCAAAACUCGAGGUACUCGAACACCAUGGGGAGGGCAAGGAGGGGCGUCAUAUCUUCGUCGGGGCCUGUCGAGAGCCGCCAUCCCGCGACCUGCGCGUCAAAGAGCUCCGUGCGGCGCAUCGGCGGCACCUUGUGUAGCGGCGCGCCUGUCGCGACAGUGCCGCAGCACUCCCACGAGACGCUGCGCGCCCGCAGAAAUCGUCCGACGACAUCGUCCUCGGGCGUGUGGUGCGAGUCGAGAAACGCGACGGCGCGCAAGGACGCGAGCGACGGCGGG